UAUAACUAGGCUUUUGUCUUUCCAAUGUGUCAUAUUGAGAAUCAUAGAGGCGUAAAAACACAGGUCUCUUGUUUGCACGCAGCACGGCCAACAAGAUAAGGCGCUGUCUAAAUAAAGCAACACAAGCCUUGCUUUUUAGGAUGUUUUCAAUCCUUUUACAUUUAUUCCUACUUCUACUCGCGUGGUGCCCCUCAGCAUUUGGGCAUCUUCAGGCAAUAUGUUCGUCCGGUAUGAACGUUUCAAAUGUCCAGACGAUGGUGAUAGAGAUCACUGGCACACUAUCCAACAACAGCUAUCUGCAGCUAUCUUGCGUUUUGAAGUUAGCCAAACCUGGGAGCUUUUUAAGCAUGAAAACUAAAAGGAAUGACAACGAAAAAGGUUUCUUGCAACUUUCCCUGUACCAGCAAGGUGAGUCGUCUCUACUUGGUCAUGUGGACGUUUCAGAGCCAACAUCAGUUUGGAACACAAUAAGCAUUUGUCCAACCGGUUUUACCAACAAUCAAAACACAGGAGAGAAGUUGUUAUCCGUGGUGGGAAAAGGCAUUGGACUUUCUUUCACAGUGCAAAUAACCGAAGGUGCAUCAGAAAUUGCGCUUGAUCAACCACGCACAGUCAAUGUCCAGGGAGACGAGGUGCGUGUGUUCCAGUUCAUUCCACCUCAAGGA